AUAAAUGUAAACAAGGAGCAUAUCGGUCAACUCUGUUUGUAAUAUGUGUGUGAUGUUCAUAGUUUCAGUCUAGUGUAAUAAGCCUAGCUGCUACUGGUGCUUUAUUGUUGAACGUAUUUAUUAGUAACGUGAAUUCACAACACAUUCAACUACAAUUACGAAAAAAACCUUCUUGUGUUUGCUGAAAUAAUAAGCAGUUUGGGAUUGAAAAUGGAAGUGUCGUUUGCUGGCUGUGGCUUCCUCGGCGUGUACCACAUUGGGGUUGCCAGUGCAUUUAGACAAUAUGCUCCUCACCUCAUACAAAAAGCCUGUGGGGCCUCUGCUGGUGCCUUAGCUGCUUGUAUAUUAACGUGUGAUAUGGAACUUGGUUCUAUUACACAAGAUGUUUUAAACAUGGCAAGACGAGCUCGUUCUAGGACGCUAGGCCCCCUACACCCUAGCUUCAAUAUUCAACAAAUCCUGAAGGAUGGUCUCAUUCGCGUACUUCCGUUUGAUGCAUACAAAAAAGUCUCGGGCAAUAUAUUCAUCUCACUCACUAGACUGUCUGACCGCAAGAAUGUCAUUAUCUCAGAGUUCGACAGCAAUGAAGACUUAAUACAGGUGUUGCUAUGUAGUGCAUUUAUUCCCUUUUAUUCUGGGAUUAUACCUCCAUCGUACAAAGGGGUGAAAUAUGUCGAUGGUGGAAUAAGUGACAAUCUGCCCUCUCUUGGAGAUGACACUAUCACUGUCUCGCCAUUUUCCGGGGAAAGUGACAUAUGCCCACCCUCUGAUGACUUUAGCAGCUAUCUACAAUUAUCGCUAUCCAACACGUAUAUACAGAUCACCCCAAGUAAUUUAUAUCGCCUGUCCAGGGCGCUCUUUCCUCCCGAUCCAGAAAUUUUGAGAAAGAUGUGUGAGCAAGGAUUUGAUGACACUCUUAAAUAUCUACAGAAAAAUACUAUUAUUCCAUGCAACAAGCACAUAGAGCACUACAGAUCAGCUUCAGUUCCCUCCAUAGACAUAACCCCACAACAACAAAAAGAAAUCCGCAAGUAUUAUACCUCUUUACCGAGGCAUGCCUCAACACCUAAUAUACGCAUCGGACCGUAUCAGCAAAAUCCACCACAAAAACCACAAGAAGAAGAUAUGCAACAAGAAGAUACGCCACGAGAUAUGCAACGCCAACCGCAGCAACGAAACAGAUGCAACUCAGAAGGCACAAAUCGUGACAACAAUAAUGAUUUCACCCUACCUAGAUCGUUCUUUGGAGACGAACUAACAGAUAUCUGCGAGAAGGAAGAGCUGUGGUUGGAAUGGACAGACGAAGAUUUCUUCAGUGAGGAUGAAGUCGAUGGAGAGGAUGACAGCACAUAUCAUUGCGAAGAUUGUCGCAAACAUACACAUCAUUUAAAAGUUAUAAAGAAGCUACCUCCUCCAGUUAUUGCAGCCUUAGAAGAAGCCAGUAAUUCAGUUAACAAAGGUCUAAUGAACUAUAUUUAUAACAACAGAAUAUACCAGGCAAUAUCAUUAUUUACUCUACCAUACAUUCUACCAAUUGAAACUGCUUUAACAUACUCAGUAAGAUUUGCCAAGUGGCUACCAUACCUCCCAGCUGAUUCGCAGUGGUUUUUAUGCGGCCUAGGAAGUCUUAUUAAAUACAUCAUAGGUAACUUAAAUUCUGGAAGGCAUGAAUUUAGUGCAAGAUUUUCAUGUCAAUUAGCAGUAACCGAAGACCUCCUCAAACCAUUGGCAGGUUACCCUGUGACCUCUGUUGGUCAUGCAUCAGCAAUUACAGACUGUGACACCUGCAGUAUUGAAGCAUUGGACAUUGCAACAUCUCCGAAGAAGCGCCAUAAUUUCAAUUUCCGCUUUGCAAUGGAAAUGACAUCAGAUUUACCCGAUUCCGUCCUCGAAUCAUUUGACAUGUGUGAAGACGUUUUCACGCCAUCGCAUCCAUUACCUACCUCACACAUAAACGAACCGUGUAGCGUUGCAUGUGAUACGUUUGAUUACACAUUGAGGAUGACAGACGAGAUGGACAGUAGUGCUGCAAAUCAUUACCUUCAUGUUACGCAGACAGUAAAUCAUGAAACCAAUGAGAGCCACGUCAGCGUACAAGAGGUUUAAUGAAAUAAAUUUGAACAAUAAAGUACAAUGUGCGCAGUUAUCUGAUUGGUCAGUGAAUAUUUGAAUGCUCUAGUUGUUAUUUACUUUGAUCCAUGCAAAUCCAUUGCAACUUACUAAGUUGCAAUGGAUUUAUUAGGGAGGUUUCGCAUGCGAACACAUACGGUUAGUGUGAUGAAUAGGUCAUUAUUUAUAACAUACGCCGGGUGCUAUCCGCUAACUGUGUGGAUGACACGCAUAUCUCGCUCACUACACAUACAUGAAAAAUGUGUAUCAAAAUUAUGAAUUUCUAGUACGAUCUUCGUUUUUUUUUUGUUUUUUUUUUCACAUUUUACAGUAAGUUUAAAAAAAUUAAUUUAUCUUUAAUAUAUACGUGCCAUUUUGUGACUUUUAAAGACAGCAAGUUACGAUAAGAUGCCUCUCAUUUUGGAGUAUUAAAAAAUGUUUGGUGUUUGGUGGUGUUGGGAUUUUCCUGUAGGCCUUGGCCUAGCUUACAGUAGCCAGGCAUUUUUGGGUCACAAAAUAUCCAACUCAUCUGAGCAAAAAUGGAAGAAUUAUUAUUCGGCUACCACUUCCAAUUUCCAAAACCUUACAUACCAACACUUUAGGACAUGCCAAAAUUUGAUUUUGAGAAGCAUGAUGAGAGAAGAAAACAGAAUAACUAGCCCCUAGGCUAGGCCAAGGGCCCAACGCUUAAAAUUUGCUGUCAUUGCGAAAACCACAGCAUGGCUACAAACCGUUGCGUACACAUAUUCGUUCGCUUGUGAACCUUUUUAUUAUCUAUCUUAUAUAGUGUGAACUCAAGUCCAAUAUUGUUUAAAACUUAAUAUUCAUAAAAUGAAGUGUAGAAUAUGGUACUUGCGGAGAAAUCAAUUUAUUUGGAUAUGUUAUUUUGAAUCAAAAUCUAUAGACUUGAAAUUUCGAAGUGUUCUAUACCUCACCUGAGAAGACUGAGGAAAGCAGCUGUUUAAAUAUAUUAUUAAGGUCUUAGCUGUAUUUUUUAAGUAAAUUUAAGUUUAAAGGCAAUAAUGUUUAGAGUGUUAUGAUGCUGUUCUAUUUGAUGAAUUAUUGAUUUAUUUUUGUAUUAUUUAUUUAUGAAUAUUUAAUUUAUAAUAUCUGAUAAAAGGUGAUCAUUCCAGAAUUAAUGCAGGUAUGUUAUGUUUUAUUUUGUGAUUAUUUUUUUAAAAUAUUCUUCAGUAAAUAAGAAUGAAAGAUAAUAUUAGUAUUAUAUUUUAAAGAAUAAUAAUGAAUGAUGAAUAAUACUAACAUUAUUAUCGUUAUAAUAAACACACACCAGUAAUUGGAGAAUGCCAAAUUUACUGUAAGACUUAAUUAAGUUAUUAAAGGUAAAGCAACAACUGAACCCAUUCAAGCAUGGUAUUGAUCUGAUUAUGCAAAUUAGUAUCAGGUCUUAUGCAACAUUACAUGUAUCCAUAUAAAUAAUCCAUACUUUGAAAUGGUAGCAAUUGUAUAAUAUUUUAGGGCUGUUAAUUUAAUUUUUUAACAGUUGAAAACCAAUGCAAACAAAGAUUUUUUUUUUUCAUGGCAAUAUACAGUAGUUUAUUUGGACGAAUUAUAGAUACUGUGCUGGGCUUUUGUGGGUCUAUUUUUGAUGUGAUGGUAUUUAAAGAAAAUGCAGCUAUCAGGGGCCCUGCAGACCACCUCACGCGAGCGCAUAGGCGUUACACCACUGAUGAAGCUGCUUAACAUAAUCAUUGCAAUUUCAAACAUUGUGUCAUAAGCUAACAUAUUUGAGCAAUAACAAAGUUCAUUAUUGCAUAAAUACGUUGUAUAUUAGCUAUAAAAUUAGAACAAGAAAAUAUUUUUCUGGCCAGAUGACUAAUGUAUAAGUACAUGGCCCCGGGGCAGCAAAGCGUGGGAGCUUUCAAAAUUUUUUUUUUUCCAAAUACACCUUAUUAUUUUCAAAGAAUUGUUUUGUCCUGGGGCACUGGCGUGAACUGAAUUAUUUUGGUCUGCGUCUCGUUAGCAGUUGAUAACUUAUUACAUUUCAUCAAAGAGUAUGAAUUGUAAGAGGUCCGACUGCCUAGAUUUUUUAUUCACACAAUGAAACGUAAAAAAGUACUAUCACAAGGUACUGUUCAAAACUUGUGAAGGAGUUGGACCUCAUUCAGUUCUAUACUUUGAUUUCAUGCUUUUAAAUAAGCAAUUUAGUGUUUGAAAUGAAUACUUAUUAUGGUAUUUAAUACUGUAAAUUUACAAAGAAAGGAACAUGAUAUAUAU